GCCCGCUGCGCCCGCUGUUCCGGGUCCUUCCUCGCUGCGUCUGUGGGUCUGUCACCCUGUGGUACAGCCUUCGCUCCGGCGGCCGGGUGACGGGGAGCGACCCCGGCACGCCCCCCGUGGGGUGCGGAGGAGGACGGGGCGUGCAGCUGACCACCGGAACCCUCGGCCCUGCCCUCCGCUACUGGCUUGGCGUGGGAAGUGAAAAUAAAAGCAAAAGUGAGAAAGGCGCGGCGGCUGGAGCGGACGGACUGACGUGGCAGUGGGAGCCGCGUGAGGCGACCGGAGUUUCACGUUUCUCGUUGUAUGGAUCACUGACUAAUAGAUGGCUUUACCUCGUCUCACAGGAGCCUUGCGCUCCUUCUCAAAUGUCACCAAGCAAGAUAAUUAUAAUGAAGAAGUGGCUGACUUAAAGCUGAAGCGAUCUAGACUUCAAGAACAAGUUUUGGACUUGGGCCUGACAUGGAAGAAGAUAGUAAAAUUUUUGAAUGAAAAACUGGAGAAGAGUAAAAUGCAAAAUAUAAAUGAAGACUUAAAAGAUAUUUUACAAGCUGCAAAACAAAUAGUUGGACCAGAUAAUGGGAGAGAAGCAAUUGAAAGUGGUGCUGCAUUUCUCUUUAUGACAUUUCACUUGAAGGACUCUGUUGGUCACAUGGAGACAAAGGCUAUCAAGCACAUGUUUGGUCCCUUUCCGUCAUCGUCUGCCACUGCAGCUUGUGAUGCCAUUAAUAGAAUUGUUUCUCAUUUUAGCCAAGAUGAAAUUACUGCUUUUGUUCAAUUGUCAGAAAAGGAAUGUAGUGAUAGAGUAUUUUUUGGUAAAAAUUUAGUAUUUUCAUUUGACAUGCACGAUCUGGACCACUUUGAUGAACUGCCAGUAAAUGGUGAAGCCCAGAAAACUAUCAGCCUAGAUUACAAGAAGUUUGUGAAUGAACAUUUUCAGGAGCAUAGCACACCAGAGCUUAAGCCUGUGGAAAUCAAUGGUUCCUUUUUGUGGUGUGAAGUUGAGAAGUACUUAAAUGCAACUUUGAAGGAAAUGACCGAAGCACCAAGAAUAGAAGAUCUUUGCUGUACCUUGUAUGAUAUGCUUGCUUCUGUUAAAAGUGGUGAUGAACUUCAGGAUGAGCUAUUUGAGUUGCUGGGACCAGAAGGCCUUGAUCUUAUUGAAAAGCUCCUCCAGAAUAGAAUUACAAUUGUGGAUAGAUUUCUUAAUUCUUCAAAUGAUCAUAAGUUUCAGGUCCUUCAAGAUAAUUGCAAAAAAAUUUUAGGAGAGAAUGCUAAACCUAAUUAUGGUUGUCAAGUAACUAUUCAGUCUGAACAAGAAAAACAGCUAAUGAAACAAUAUCGUCGUGAAGAAAAAAGAAUUGCCAGACGAGAAAAAAAGGGUGGAGAAGAUGGAGAAGUUUUUGGAGAAGGACUUUCGUCCUUUGAUCCUAAGGAAUUACGUACACUGAGAGAGCAGGCACUGCUGAAUGCUAGGAGCGCUCCACUUCUGAGCAGGCAGAGAGACAUGGAUGUUGAAAAGAUCCGUUAUCCCCAUGUUUAUGAUUCCCAGGCUGAAGCCAGGAAAACAUCAGCAUUCAUUGCUGGUGCAAAGAUGAUUUUGCCAGAAGGAAUCCAAAGAGAGAAUAAUAAACUUUAUGAAGAAAUAAGGAUUCCCUACAGUGAACCAAUGCCAGUUGGCUUUGAGGAAAAGCCAGUUUAUAUUCAAGACUUAGAUGAGAUUGGACAGUUAGCUUUUAAAGGAAUGAAGAGACUCAAUAGAAUCCAGUCAAUAGUGUUUGAGACGGCCUAUAACACCAAUGAAAACAUGCUGAUCUGCGCCCCUACUGGAGCUGGAAAGACCAACAUUGCAAUGCUCACAGUCUUGCAUGAAAUUCGCCAACAUUUGCAACAAGGUGUUAUCAAAAAGAAUGAAUUCAAGAUUGUGUAUGUUGCUCCAAUGAAAGCCUUGGCAGCUGAAAUGACAAAUUACUUUAGCAAACGUCUGGAGCCACUGGGCAUCGUUGUGAAAGAACUGACUGGUGAUAUGCAGUUAUCAAAAAAUGAAAUUUUGCGAACUCAG